AUGCGCGGACCGCCCACGGCACGCCGCGCAUGCCGCGCCCUCGUGGCCGCGCUGGCUGCGCUCGCGCUGGCGCUGCUCUGCGCGUCGCCUGCUGCCGCUGCGCUCGCGGAGCCUGCGGAGCUCGUUGUGCCCCCAGAGGUCGCCCACAGCGACAACGGCCCCUUCGGCCCGGACCAGCAUCUCGAGGACUCGGACCAGCCGGUUCCGGAAGGCGUCGAGAGGGUCGAGGUUGGCACGGACGUGUCGUAUCAGGCAGCAGGACACCCGGAGGUGGACAGCGUGGGCGUGGGCCGGCGGCGGAUGCAGUCGACCACGCCGGCGCCGAUCCGCAUCCACGUCGAGUACCAGCUCGACGGAGUCAACGCGACGUUCGCGGCGCUGAUCCGGACCGUCAUGCCGAUCACGGUGGCGUCCCUGCGGCGCGUCAUGAACAUCCGCGAGCCCGUGCAGGGCACGUUUAAGAUUCCGCGCGCGUGCAACCAGGUGUACCUCAACCCCGAGCGGACCUGUUUCAGCCUCGCCGGCGGCAACAACCCGACCUGCGGCGCCGCGGUCCACAACCAGACGUACCUCAACGACGGCACGUUCUGCACCACCUCGCCCACGACCGGCUGCACGACCGUCUCGGGCGGCGCGGGGCUGAACGACACCGACGUCGUGCUCUACGUCACGGCCAACGUGACCAACGCGGACGGGUCCGCGCGGUGCACGAGCUCCACAACGCUCGCCAACGCCAACUUCUGCGAGCGCGACACCUCCUCGGGGGGCACGGGCCGGCCCGUGUCGGGCAACGUCAACUUCUGCCCCGCGGCGUUCGACAGCUCCUCGACGCAGGAGUCCUACAUCGACACUGCGAAGCACGAGAUCCUGCACGCGCUCUACUUCGCCCCCUCCCUGUUCCAGUACUUCAUCGACCCCAGCACCAAGCAGGCGCUGGGCGAGGGCAACGUCACCACGACGGCCUCCUACGCCGGCCGGAACCAGUCGAGCGUCAUCACGCCGCUCGUCCUCGCUGCCGCCAAGCUGCAGUACAACUGCUCCACCGUGUCGUUCGUGCCGCUCGAGAACGACGGCGGGAGCGGCACGGCCGGCAGCCACUGGGAGCAGGAGUGGACGCGGCAGGACCUGAUGUCGGGAUGGUCGGUGCGUCGCCGCUCGGUGUUCGGUUCCCUGAGCGCAGCGCUCAUGCAGGACUCCGGAUGGUACACCGCGCACUGGGCCAACGUCGCGAACAUGACCUGGGGGCUCAACCGCGGGUGCGCCUUCACGCUCGGCACGUGCCAAACCACGCAGUUCUGCGGGGAGAAGGCGACAUCGCCAAUCUGCGACGUGGACCACAAGGGGUACGGGUCCUGCAGCGACAUGCUCGGCUCCACGUGCAACACCACGUCGCUGUCCCCGCUCGCGGGCAACUGCCAGGACCCUGCGUCGUUCGCGACGCUCGGCUCCACGGAGGCCCGUGCCAACGUGGGCGCCGUGCACGGGCCGGGAUCCCGCUGCGUCGCGCGGCCCUCGACCUGGCAGCGGCAGGUUGGCGGCACGUUUUACCAGGCGGCGUUCGUGAAGCCCGAGUGCGUCCCGAUGAACUGCACGCAAGCCGCGGACGGCUCCUACGCGCUCGACGUGAACAUCACGGGGGUGCUCGUGCGGUGCGCGGCGGGCCAGACGAUCACGUUCACCAGCAACCAGGCGCUCGUGGCCGCGGGCUGGACGGCGGGGUCGAUGACGUGCCCGGACCCCGCGGCCGUGUGCCCUGGCCUGGCGUGCCCGAACGAUUGCAGUGGGACGAACGGCGUCUGCGUCAACGGCGAGUGCCAGUGCUUCAACGGGUUCGCGGGAACGAACUGCUCCACGUCGAUCUGCACGGCGUCGAGUUGCGGCAGCGGGCUGUCGUGCGAUGCCCAGUCGAGCGUGUGCACGUCGCAAGCGAGCUCGAGCACGACGGCCGCCGCGACGACCCUCGCGGCAACCACUACUGCCGCGCCAGCGACGACUGUCGCAUCGGCGACGACAGUCGCAUCGGCGACGACUGUCGCCGGCUCGGGUGCCACGACAGUCGCUUCGACCACCGUGGCAGCGACGACGGUGGCCGGCCAGACUGCGGCGCCAACGACGACUGCCGCACCGGCGACGACGGUGGCUGGCCAGACCGCGGGGCCAACCACGACGGCUGCACCAGCAACGACGGUGGUCGGUCAAACCCCGGCGCCGGCAACGACUGCCGCGCCCGCGACUACGGUGGCGGGGCAGACCGCGGCGCCGGCGACUACGGCUGCACCGGCGACUACGGUGGCGGGGCAGACCGCGGCGCCGACGACGACUGCAGCUCCCGGGGUGACGCUGGCGGUGACGGUGCCUGUCGGGGGUUCGGCUACGACGCUCGCAGCCACGCAGGCGCCCCAGGCUACGCAGGGGCCGCAGGCCACGCAGGGCCCGCAAGCGACGCAGGAUCCUUCGGCGACGCAGGCGCCGCAGCCAACGCAAGCACCCCAGCCGACGCAGGCGCCGCAGCCGACGCAGGCGCCAGUGUUCCAGACGACGUCCACGGCGCGGCUGUCGCUGACGUUCUCGUCCACGCUCGACAACGGCCAGAUUGUGAGCGCGCAGACGCGCAUCGCGACGACGAUGGGCCUUACCUUCCCAUCACCUGGGCUGGACAUUUCCUUCAAUCUUGCGCGCAGGAUGCUCCUGUCGCGAGGACUGACUCAGGCGGCCACCUACAACGUGGCCGUGAGCUACACGACGACGGGGUCGACCACGACGGCGUCCGCGGAUGCCGUGAACCUCGUCGUUAACGCCGCGUCGUCAGCGGCGCUGGGGGCCGCCCUGGCGGCGGACACAGGGGUGCCCGUCACCACCGUGGCGGUCACGCAGACUACGGCGACCACGACGGUCGUGGUCGGGGCGGCGGCCGCGCACCAGCUCGCCGCGGCCAUCACGCUGCUCUCCGCGCUGCUGCUCGGCCUGGUCGCGGCGUAG